AACAUGAUGAACAUCUUCUAUUUGGUUUACCUUUCAAACCAAAACUUCCCCUAAACCAACUUUAAAUAUGAAAGAAAAGAAAGAAAGAGGAAAACUUCAAAGUUUCAAACCCCACAAGAAUAAGAAAGUGAAGACUUAAGAGAGAGAGAGAGAGAGAGGCAGAAGACAACAAAAACAUUGCAUACACAAGCAAUAGCCUAAGGCUAAGCAACUUUUUUCCAAUUUUUUUGCUCCUCCUCUCCCCCCUUUUCCCUCAUCAAAAGCCUUGUUUUUCACUCUUUCUCCCCUCUUCCUCCAAUCAAAAACCUCUCUCUCUCCUUCUUUUUGGCCUUUUGAACUGCUAAAACAGAAGAAGAAGAAGAAGAAGAAGAAGAAGAAGAGAGUAGAAUUUGUUUGUUUGUUGUUGCAAUACAGAGAUACCCAUCAAUGGAAAUCUCUUCCUCUUCCUCCUCAAGACUCCAUGAGAGGGAAAAAAACCCUUCUUCCCCAAAUAACUCUCCCAACAGCUUCAGCGCCUCCAACAAUGGCGGCCUUCUCCCCCACAACCCUAAACUCCUCCCCAGAUCUGAAUCCAACCCUUACCCCACCACUUUCGUUCAGGCCGAUUCCUCCAAUUUCAAGCACGUCGUUCAAAUGCUCACCGGCUCCUCCGAUUCCCCCAAGCCUCCGCCGCCGUCGUCUCACGACCCCUUUCAAUCCUCCAAGAGCUUCGCUAUUCCUCCGAUCAAGACGGCGCCCAAGAAACAGCAGAGCUUCAAGCUCUACGAGCGCCGGAAUCACCUCAAGAACAGCCUCAUGAUCAAUACCCUGAUUCCUAAUUUCGCCGGCGUCGGUGCCGGUGCCGGUGCAGGCGCGUUUUCUCCUCGGAACGCGGAGAUUCUGUCGCCGAGCAUCCUUGAUUUCCCGUCUCUGGCGCUGAGCCCUGUGACGCCGUUGAACGACGACCCCUUGUUCGAGAAAUCCUCGUCGUCGCCGUCGCUCGGGAGCUCGUCGGAGGAGGAGAGGGCGAUCGCCGAGAAGGGGUUUUACUUGCAUCCGUCGCCGAUGAACACGCCGAGGGCGGCGGAGCCGCCGCAGCUUCUCUCUCUGUUCCCCGAGACAUCGCCUAGGGUUUCCGGGUCGUCGUCUUCCUCGUAACUAAACAAGGGUUUGUUUGUAGAGAUUCGAAACUUUUUUCUCCUUUUUUGAUUGAUUUUAGAUAGAGAAUCGUCUCGUCAAUCAAUUGGGUGUGGAUUUGAAAUUGGUUCUCUGAGAAACAGAAAAAAAGCAGAGUCAUCUUGCUUUGAAUUUUCACUGUACAAUCUGAUGAGAAAUCCCAUCGAAAAUCGCAGAGUCCUCUUUUUUUAUCUCCAUUUUUCUUCCUCUAUUACUCGUUUUUGGUUUCAAUUUCCAGCAAUUUUCUCUUCCUUUCCAUUUUCCGGGAAAGUGGGUGAGAAAAUUUUGAUCAUCAGUUCCAUUCCCAAAUCCCACCCUCCACAGAACAGAGAGAAUGUGAGAAGUCAAUAAAUUAACCAUUGGAAACAGAGAGUUUUGAGUUUUUGUUGAGAAAUUUUGAUGGUGGGUCUGAAUUAGAAGGAUGCAUUAAACAUGGUGGAGAUCCAUGAGGAAGAUGGUUGGAAGUUCCACUCAGUGUUUGAUUGAUUUCUUUGUUCUACAAAUGGAGCUGUAAAUACUGUUGCUUUUUC